GACGCAUGGUAGUACGAGAGAUUUAUUUAUUAAUCAUCGGUGAUUAAAAAACAUUGCUCGUGCAUUUUGUGUUCGGGUGUAGUUAAGUGCAAAGUUUUUUUUUGCGUGUCGCAAAAAUAGUCAUCGGAUCGAGAAAAAAUGGCAACCUUCGACCUGAACGCUAUCAGCAACUCAUUGAGCGAGGCUAGCAAGACCAAGGGCACCGGCGUUUCCUUUGCUGGGAAGUCGUUGAAACUCAACACAGGGAAAGAUGCUGAUGAAGUUGCAGAGGCUAUUGAAAAAUGCAAAAAAAUGGAGUAUCUGGAUCUCGAGGGAAAUACAGUUGGUCCUGAUGCUGCCAAGCGCAUAUCAGAGGCCAUUGAAAAAAAUGGAUCCUCCUUGAAAAGAGCAUUGUGGAAGGAUAUGUUCACUGGUCGCAUGAAAGAUGAAAUUCCAGUUGCCCUGGAGCAUUUUGGCAGAGGACUCUGCUUAGCCAAGACACACUUGGUUGAGCUUGACUUGAGUGACAAUGCCUUUGGGCCCAUUGGUGUUAAAGGCUUGGCUGCUCUGUUGAGUUCUAGCCCUUGUUUCACGCUGCAAGAGCUAAGAUUGAACAACAAUGGACUUGGUAUAACUGGUGGAAAAAUGCUUGCCAAAGCUCUAAUAGAUUGCCACAGUAACAGCCUCAAGGAAACCUCUAAGCCCUUGGCUCUUAAAAUAUUUGUAGCUGGGAGAAACAGGCUUGAAAACGAAGGAGCUACAGCUUUGGCCAAAGUAUUUGAAAAAUUGAGUAGUCUGGAGGAAGUUGUGAUGCCCCAAAAUGGUAUCUAUCACGUUGGUGUGACCGCCCUGGCUAAUGGUCUAUCAUCGAAUUCAAAUCUUAGAAUUUUGAAUCUCAACGACAAUACUGUUGGACCAAAAGGAGCUCUAGCACUGGCUCAAAUUUUGUGUAAUUUUUCUAAUCUAGAGAGGCUUAAUCUUGGUGACUGUCUUUUAAAAACCAGAGGAGCCCUGGCACUGGCCGAAGCCAUAGGGAUCGAAGGCAAUCAUCCUUUACUCACAGAAGUUAAUCUCAGCUAUAAUGAAAUUAGAUGUCGAGCUGCCUCUACAAUUGCCGACGCAAUGAUUGACAAAUCUAUGCUGGAAUCCCUAAUCUUGGACGGAAAUGCUUUUGGGGAAGAAGGAAGGAAUAUAUUAGUUGAUUGUCUAACGCUUAGUGGCAAGUUAGAUUGUUUAGGUUCCUUAGAUGAGGACGACGAUGAUGAUGAUGAAGAGACUGAUGAAGACGACGAAGAAGAAGAGGAGGAGGAGGAGGAGGAGGAGGAAGAAGAAGAUGAAAAUAAUGAAACACAGAGCAGUUUUAACGCACUUAAUCUGAGCGUAAAUAAAACAGAGAAACCAGCGCUAAAAAUUGUCACUAUCAAUGACUUCUUAAAAUCGCCUACAGGAGAAAACUUUCUUCUUCUUCAAGGUGACAAAACACAAAUGUUCACUGAGCUUAUGAGAACUAUAGCUAAACUUGAAACUGAAGAUCCCACAAAUGAGGUAAUAAAAAUCGUAAUGAAAGUAUCAGCACUUUGCGGAAGUAGUUACAUAGACAUUCGCGUUCCUGCUGAGCAAGUGACCGAUCGCCUAUAUGCAGAAUUAUUCACAAAUGCCGUAAAGAGUAAUCAAAUUCCAUCACUGAAUAACUCGCUACUAGUCGCUCUUGGUCUCAUUAAGGGUGAAGACAAAGUAGCUUCGAAAAUUGAGUGGAAUUUAGAGGGAUGCUUUAAGGCAUUAGAAAAAGUAUGUCAAAGAGACUACUUUCUUCCCGCAACAAGGGAAACUUUAAAAUUUUUUAUUACCAAUCCAAUGAAAUUUAGUAGAUCAAAAGUAGUUGAUCAGUUCGAAGAAGCAAAAGACUCGCUCAAGUCGGCACUUGAACGGACACAAAGUACGUAACAAUCAAGCCUGAUUUAAUUUUUAUAUAUAUAUAUAUGUAUAAUAAUCAAAUUGAAAACAAAAAGUUUGAAAAUAUGUCUGUAUAGCUAUUGUAUUUAAAACUUGAAAAAUGAAUAUGAUUGUGUAAAUCCACUUCUUACAUGAGUCUUAGAUAAUUUAUUUAUUUGCAACCGAUUUUGUGAAGAAAAAAAAAAAUAUUUAUAUUCAUACAAUAAAUG